AUGGGCCGUGGUCGUGGAGCACCAGACAGAGGUUCUGGUCAUACUAAGGCGAGGCAGCCAACUCUGGUUUAUGCUGUACAUCACCGAGUGGAUGGAGACGCCCCAGAUGUUAUUACGGAUACGUUAUUUAUCCAUAAUGUACCUUAUAAUGCACUGAUUGAUGUUAGGUCUACACAUUCUUAUAUAACAUGCACUGUGUUUGAGACUUUGGGUAUAAUAGUUGAAACCAAUGCGAGUGAGGUUAUUGUGUUGAGUCCAUUAAGGCAGUCAGUGAAGGUAAAUAAAUUGUUCAGAGAUGUACCUUUAGAGGUUCAAGGAACCAUCUUUUUGGCAGAUUUAAUGGAACCCCCUUUUAGAGAAUUCGACUCAAUACUAGGCAUGGAUUGGCUGGUUGAGCAUCAAAUGAAUUUGAAUUGUGCUACAAACGGGUGGUACUGA